AGAAGGAAACACACACAGGAGAUACACAGUCAUUUGGCAUUUGCUGGAGUCUCUGGAGGAUUGAAGACUGUGAACAUGCAUCUGUGCGUAUGGAUCAGUGAAUUAUAGGAGCAUCUGUUUCUCAUCUGCGCGUUCAUGUUCAUAGAUUGAAGCAGCUUGACUUACACGAAGAGUUUUGCAGACUGCAGUAUGUUCUCUUCUGUAAAGCCGUAUGAAGGGCAGCAGUUCGCGUCCCUCAGGAAACAGUGCCAGCAGAACAAAAGUCUGUUUGAAGACCCUGUCUUCCCCGUGGUGGACCAGUCCCUCUUCUACGCUGCAAACCGCAUCGGAAAAGUCACUUGGAAGAGACCAAAGGAGCUCUGUGAUGAUCCGCACUUGUUUGUGAAUGGGAUUAGCGCUCAUGACCUGCACCAGGGGCAGCUGGGUAACUGCUGGUUUGUUGCAGCGUGUUCCAGUCUGGCCUCAAGAGAAGCACUUUGGCAGAAAGUCAUCCCGGAUUGGAAAGACCAGGAAUGGGACAAUCAGAAAGCGGAGAGCUAUGCUGGAAUCUUUCACUUCCGGUUCUGGCGCUUUGGAGAAUGGGUUGAUGUUGUUAUCGAUGACCGGCUGCCGACCGCGAACGGACAGCUCAUCUACUGUCACUCCAAUGAUAGUAAUGAGUUCUGGAGUGCUCUGGUGGAGAAAGCCUAUGCCAAGUUAUGUGGCUGCUAUGAAGCUUUGGACGGUGGCAACACGGCCGAUGCUCUCGUGGAUUUCACUGGAGGUGUGUCAGAACCCGUAGAUCUGCUGGAAGACAAGAAAACUCAGGAGGAGGAGGCCCGGAAUCAGCUGUUUGAGCGAGUCCUGAAGGUCCACGACAGAGGCGGUCUCAUCAGCUGCUCCAUCAGAGCGACCACUCAGGCAGACAUGGAAGCCCGUUUAGACUGCGGUCUGGUCAAAGGUCACGCAUACGCUGUAACCGAUGUGAGGAAAGUGCGUCUGGGCACCGGUCUGCUGGCGUUCUUCAAAUCAGAGAAGCUCUCCAUGAUCCGCAUGAGGAAUCCCUGGGGUCAGAAAGAGUGGAACGGAGCCUGGAGCGACAGCUCUGAGGAAUGGAAGCAAGUGAGUAAGAGCGAGAGAGAGAAGCUGGGUGUGACCGUGGCAGAUGAUGGGGAGUUUUGGAUGAAUUUUGAGGAUUUCAUCAAGCACUUCACAGACCUUAUUCUGUGUCGCAUGAUUAAUACCUCGUACCUGAGCAUCCACAAGACCUGGGAGGAGGACGUGAUGUGUGGCUCCUGGUCUCACCACGACGACCCUUUAAAAAACCGAUCCGGAGGCUGCAUCAACCACAAAGCCACCUUCCUCCAGAACCCACAGUACGUGUUUGAUGUGACAAAAGCAGAAGACGAGGUUUUGAUCUGCCUACAGCAGCAAGACAGAAGAGCUCAAUCCAAAGGUGGAAAAGGAGAGAAUCUGGCCAUCGGCUUUGAUAUCCAAAGAGUCGAGCUCAACAGGAAGUACCGCAUGCACACGAUCCAGAAGACGGUGGGCAGCUCCACCUACAUUAACUCCCGCAGCGUGUUUGUGCGCAAGGAACUGAAGGAAGGCCGCUAUGUCAUCGUUCCCACAACCUUUGACCCCAGCCAGCAGGGAAACUUCCUGUUACGUGUCUUUACAGACGAUCCUGCAACCUGCAAAGAGCUCACACUAGAUGAACCACCGCAAACAUGCUGGACGGGGUGUUGUGGUUACCCGAAGCUGGUCACACAGGUGCACGUGCACAGGGCUGAUGGACUCCAAGCUCAGGAUUCUGAUGGAUCGUGUGACCCGUACGUCAUCAUCACGUGUGAGGGAGAGAAGGUUUGUUCUCCGGUGCACAAAAACACUCAGACUCCAGACUUUGACGUGAAGGCUGUUUUCUACAGGAAGAAACCCAGCCAGCAGAUCUUCAUUCGGAUCUACAACCAUAACAUCCUGAAGGACUCGUUCAUGGGUCAGGUGGUCUUAACCGGUGAUCUGUCCGACCUGCAGCCGCUUCACACGGUUCACCUGCGGGACAAAGGCAACCGUCAGAAUAAUGAUCUGCCAGGUCUGCUGUCGGUAACCCUCAACACCAGUGACGUGCUGACCAACAUCUGAAGCUCACGUGUGGGCGGAGCCUGUUUUGUUUACGAGCGUUUCUGCAUCUGUGGUAAAUCAUUAACUACUUUAUGCACUUUGAUGUGCUGUCUAUCUCAUCUGAAGUAUGAAAAUGCUAAUUUCAUUUUGGAAUAUUUCUGUCUGCCAAGUAGUGACGCCAAAUUGACUUGUUUACAACAUCUUUUUAGCUUAAUGUUUUGAUAUUUCUGGUAUUAAUUCCUUACUGUUGUUCUUGUCUUGGAAAUUAUAUGUUUAUCAAUAUAUCAGUGUAUGCGUAUAUAUUAGUAUAUUAUCUACACAUAUCAAAGUUAUUUUAAAUUAUAUUUAUGCCAUCAUAUUAUCUUAGACUUUCAAGGUACAGGUUUUUUGUUUUGAAUCUGUUUAUGCGUUUGUAUAUAUAUUAUUUGAAUAUUUGUCAUGAUCUUGUCACUUUUUUUGACCAACCUUGGCUGAGCAUUUCAAUGUUGUACGAUUGCCAAACAACCAAAACAUUCCGAGUUUACACAUCUGUUGGAUUUUGUGAGUAGACAUGCAGUGUUAUUCUGGGUUUAUAUCUGUGUACUACAAAUCAGGAUUCAUUUAUGUUUGACAUCUACUUGAAAUGCAUCAGUGAUUGACACGUUAUCAAUACAGUGUAAUAUUCAUGGUGGCCACUAGGUGUCAGUAUGUAAGUGUGUAAGAGUGGAAAGUCACACAAGGGUUCACAAGUAUUUGGCCAUUUUACAAUGUUCUUAACACAAGCUGAAAACUAAGGCAUGUUAAAGAAAUCUCAUAUUCAGGUUUUUCCAGGCAAAACCUAAAUAUUAUGUCUUUUCGUAACUAAAAUAUUAUUUGUGAACACAUUGUCUUAUUAGGUUAGAGGCUAUGAGUUAACAGCAUGAGUGUGUUUGGACACAGAUGAUAUAUUUUCAAAUCAUUUUAAAAAACACAAUAAACAACAUUCCCUUCCUUGUUAAGUUUACACUUAGGGCUGUCACUAUUAUGAUGUUUGGCUGAUGAUUAAUUGCCAGAUAAGUAAUAAAUUGUCGAUUAGGUCUGUGAAAUUUAUUACAUCUAAGCCAUAUAUAUUGUCAUAUCAUUUUUUUAUUUGCUUCAUUAAAUAAUUGUGACUAUUUAA